GAGUAUGGAAGUGGGCGUAGCCUGUGUAGUGACAUUAGUGUAGUGAAGGGGCAGGUCUGAUCAGGAGGUGACAACACAUUACCAGGAGACUUCCAGGUGGACUCAGGAGACGUAUUCCUGGAUUGAAGGAUGGCAGAGGCACCACCUAUUAUCACCUUGCCAGCGGGAAGCGUCUGCAGCACAGGAGAUUUGUUACCGUUGAUGUGUCCUCACAACAUUUCCCAAGUAUGGUGUCUAAUAAUGAACACAACACAAAGCCCCUCGUCAUUCAUCCCUGUACAGAACAGAAGCCAAUCCAGCAACGAGACAAACCUGAGCACUGCAACAUCAUUUGGGAGCAAAUACAACCUCUACAUUGGUUUAAUAUUAGCAGUAAGCUCCAGCUUCUUUAUCGGGUCAAGUUUCAUCAUGAAGAAAAAAGGCCUUUUACGAUUGGCUGAGAAAGGAGUCACCAGAGCAGGGCAGGGUGGAUUCUCAUACCUCAGAGAAUGGCUUUGGUGGGCUGGGCUUCUCUCAAUGGCGGCAGGAGAAGGUGCGAACUUUGCAGCAUAUGCAUUUGCACCGGCCACUCUGGUGACGCCACUAGGAGCACUGAGUGUUCUUGUAUGUGCAGUCCUGUCUUCAUAUUUCCUGAAUGAUAAGCUGAACGUACAUGGGAAGCUUGGAUGUCUUCUGUGUAUUAUUGGCUCCACCAUGAUGGUCAUACAUGCUCCUCACGAGGAAGAGGUCACAUCUCUGCAUGAUCUAGAAAUAAAACUAAGGGAUCCAGUUUUCAUUACUUUUGCUACGGUGUCGGUUGUAGCAUCCUUGGUCCUAAUAAUACUGUUUGCCCCCAAAAAAGGUCAAACCAACAUCCUAGUUUACAUUGCUAUUUGCUCUAUUAUUGGUGCUUUCUCUGUGUCAUCUGUGAAAGGACUGGGAAUCUCCAUCCACGAGUUCAUUGAACACAAACCAGUUUACAAAAACCCUCUAUUCUACAUCUUACUGGCUUCACUGGCCUUAUCUGUCAGUACACAAAUAAAUUACCUCAAUAAAGCUCUGGAUAUCUUCAAUACCUCCAUAGUGACACCUAUAUAUUAUGUUUUCUUCACGACUAUGGUUGUCACCUGUUCUGUGAUAUUGUUCAAGGAAUGGAAUAGUAUGGAUAUCGGCGACAUGAUUGGGACAUUGAGUGGCUUCCUAACUAUUAUUAUUGGCAUUUUUCUUCUGCAUGCCUUUAAGAACACCAAUAUCACAUGGAGUCAGAUCACCUCUAGCAUCAAGAAAGAAAAACAGACAGCGUAUGAUGGACAGGAAGACCAACACAGCCUGCUUGGGAAUGCAGAACAUUCUAUAUUGGCAUUUGAGGAUGAUCUGGCCAUCUUCAGUAGGACAAGCCAACAGCACUAACAAAGCUCCAUGCUCGCUGGAUGAUUUGUACUUUUUCUGACCUCUUGUACCUUUCAGUGUUGAGGUAGAAGACCUGUACUCAUUUUAGUAAGUGCACAGACUUCUGUGCUAUUAUUUUUCGGACCUCAGGAAAUGAAGCCAUUUGUACAUUUUGUAUAUAGAGAGAAGAAUGAAUAUUUUAAAAUAAAUGAUCUAUUUUAAGUGGAAUAUUUACAUA